UUCACAAUUACACUCAUAUAAAUCUCACCCAGGCUUCAAUCAUAUAUAUGUUUGCAGAUCAUCAUCAAGAUGGAGCCGGACCAGAGUUCAGACUCCAACAGCGAAAUUAUUCAGAACCUUGUUCCUUCUCCGCCGUCGUCAACCUCCGAUGAAGCUGAGAGGAAGAGGAAGAGGCGCGGGAUUCACUUGAUGCCUCGGCAGAGGGCGAGGUGGAGGAAGAUGGUGCACGUAGGAAAUCUCAGAUGUGAGGUUGAGAGCCUGAGAUCGGAGAAUAACAAGCUUCAUCGGAUCCUUAAACUCAACUUCGAAUCCCAUCUUAGGGUUCUUGAGGACAACUCUAAGCUCCGGCAAGAAGCUUCCCAUUUUCGCCUGUUCGCUGGGAACGAUCUUCUGCAACGAUGGCUCUUCACUUUCAUUAUCAUGAAUCUAGUAAUGUUAUUCUUUCUUCCUCGACCUCCCAUGAAACCGCCGGGCAAAUGAUGGCUCCGAGGAGGAGGACGAGGAAGACGGAUUUGGGAUGUCUGCUCCUUGUCGUGCAUGCUUGUUUUAAUGUCCAAAUUAAAGUCUCAGGAUUGGGUUUU